CUCUACUUAAAUAAUCAAUAAUAUGCAGAUUUUUUUUAGGGAAUAAUGGGAAGAUCUUCUACUGCUCAUCUUCUCCCAAAAUUCCGACCGUUAGAACUUAGAAAGUUACCGUUGCAAAAUGCAAAGCUCUCUCUGCACUUUCAAACUCUCUGUAAACAUUAAUUCGGCGAUUAGAAGAUGAGAGAGAAAGAUAAACUUCAUUUUAUCUUCAUCCUCAAUUCCCAAUAAUAUUAUUCAUCAUGUGUGAUGUCGGCGAUUUUGGUGUUUUACCUCAUAGAAAAGAUCAUAUUUUGAUCCGCUGCACUUGUAUUGAAGAUAAGCUUCAAGGAGUACCUGCUCGUAUAGAGACUUUAUGGAAUAAAGAUAUGGGUGCUCACUGGGGACACAAUGGAAGCAACCAUCAAUAUUGUGUAUUAUCCACAGGUGGUGACAGUUUAGGGCCUUCUACAGAAAGAAUCACUUCUGUCUCAGAAGUUGUUUCAAUAUUAGACAUGAAUGGGGAUUCGGAACAUAGAUUUGCAUCAUCGUCUCUGCAGCCACAUGUAUCAACUGUUCCAGAAUGCAGAUGUGGCAGCUGCUCUGGCAGCUCCUGUGCAGACUGUAGCUUCUUCAUCAACUUUGAAUACGAAAACAAAGAAAACAGAUGGCAUUCCAAGACAAGACGUCCUACUCAAGAUAGCAGUCAAGGGUAUGUAUAUGUCCUCUUGUUUUCAUAAUUUGCUAGUGUGCUACUUAGAUUUGUACAAUUGUGUACUUCUUUUGUUGGAAUUCUUUUAAACCUGCGCCUAAAUCUUUGCAAAUUUCUGAAUACUUAUUUAGAAUUUAUUGUCAGAAACUGCUUGAUAAUGCUUGGUUUUAUUGAUUUAAUAAAAGCUAGAUUGUCAUCUUUGAAA